AUGAGUUUAAUUAGCGAAUUUCAACAGCAUGCAGUUAUGCACCACGAUGCCUAUUCUUUCGCAACCACAGCAACUGCAAGCCAUUGCCAUGAAGAAAACCCUUAUUUCCACGGUUGGCUUAUUAGCCAUCCAGACAUGCCUCCAUCUGACUACAACAUGGCACCUUCAAAUAGCCCCAAGUAUGCUCCCAGCGACCCCCACCUCGAUCAGUCGUGCUCUGGGACUGGCACAGUUGGGAUAAUACCCCGUCCCAUGAAACGGAGAGGCACGGCAAACCGAAAAGAAAGGCGCAGGACUCAAAGCAUCAACUGUGCAUUUGCCGAACUGAGGGACUGCCUUCCCAACGUCCCAGCAGACACGAAACUCUCCAAAAUCAAAACACUACGAUUAGCCACUAGCUACAUCGCCUACCUUAUGGACUUGCUGGACAAAAAGGAGCAGAAUGGUGAAACAGAGGCCUUUACAGCAGAAUUCAUGAAGACAGGUGUUAAAGAAGAAAAAAGAAAAAAUGAAUUGACUGAAGAUUUGAAAAAUUCGCCCAGCAGAAAUGACAGGAAAACAAAAGGAAGGACGGGAUGGCCACAGCACGUUUGGGCUUUGGAGCUUAAAUAG